GUGUUUUGCUUUCAGAUUUAUUAAUGGUAUGAUUGAAUUUGAUCGGAAACUAACUCUAUUUUCAACCAGAUUGUUGAGAAAACAACGUUCAUUCAGCAAAAGGCAAUGGGAUAUAUUUUUACUUUCAUUAUUUCUCUACUUUUUGAUAUAUACAACCUUAAGAGAAAUUUUAACGCCCAGGAUAAAUGGAGACAUUUUUUCUUUAUCAUUUAAUCUAUUUAUUCCACCCUUUUUAUUGGAUUACGUAAUUACGAGCUUUUUGUGUUAUUUUCUACACAACUUGCAUGCCAGAUUCUGGACGUUAAACGAUUUGUGGGAAUGUCUUCCUGCUGAACUGGCAGUCGCUAACGACCAAUGGACACACAUUGAAAUAGUGUUAUUUAUGGAAGAGACGAGGUUAUUACACUCCGAACUCUGUGAAUUGUUAAAAAAAUUUACUAUAGGAUUUGGCCCAUUGCUUUUGGCUUUCUUCACAUUCAGUUUUAGUUGUUUACUUUUCAGUAUUUUUAUUAUGGUCACCCGCUUUCAUUUAUUAGCCAGUAAAAGUUCAGCUGUUGAAACGUACCAACAAAUUUUUAAUGUCACAGCUCAUCUCCAAAUGAUUUUAUUUAUGAUAUCCAUUAUCGUUUAUGUUUCAUUCAUAGAAGAGCAGCGAACAAAGAUAAUUUCAUAUUUACGAUCAUACAGAAUUUCAAAUUUACAUAUGGACGUCAAAAAACAAAUCAAAAUGUUUAUGAAUCAAAUGUCAGUUUCUGAGUUGGACAAAAUUACGGCAUUUGGAUUUUUUGAUAUAAAUUUAAAUCUCGUUAUGUCGGUAAGUACUUUUUGAGAGUGUUCAUUUUUAUAUUAUAAUCAGGUUCAUAUCUCAUGUUUAUUGUGUUGUUCUUUACAGAUCCAAUAUGGUCUUUUACUUUAGAUUUUUGGUUAUUAUAUGACGUACGAUUUUGGCUUACUUAUAGUUAUUUAGAA